GAAAUGAUCGUAGAUGAAAAAGAAAACAAGAGAGGUCGAGGACUCUGAGGAAAAAGAUUACGUUUCGAAAAAGGUUCAAGCAAGUUGCGAGCUUAAACAUUGCGAGAGUUGCAACAUAGCGAGCGAGACCAUUUUACGAAUGAUAAAUGCGAUAAGAAGUGCCUUCCAGGAGAAUAAAUUAAUUUCUGCCGUGGCUGAAGAAAGGGAUCUCUUAAAAGGCGAUAUUUACGAGAAGACUCAAUGGGCCGUGAUGAGGAGACUCGCGGCGGCUAUUGAGAUGGACGUUAAGACGACUUUCGAGAUGAUGCAGGGGAAUGAUAUGAAAAGGGAGACGAUAAAGAGGAAUUACGAGGAGAAGCUGAACUCCCUCGAAGCCGAAUUGUCGCGUAAAGGAACGGAUUUUGAGCUUUUGCGAGGUGAAAAUUUUCAGCUCGAAGGUAGGAUCGAAAAUGUUACACGGAAUUUCAAUGAAUUGAAAGAAAAGAAUUUUCAAAUGGAAGAGACGAACGAGAAGCUAACCAUCGAACUCGAGGAUACACGUAUCAAAUUGGAACGUACAGCGGAGUCAUGGGACAUUUUGCAAAGUCAGAUCGUGAAACUGGCUGAGAAUAAAUUGGAACUGGAAAACAGCGUGAGAGGACUAACCGAGAAGAUCGUCGAUACUCGCGGUGCGUGUCUCGAGACAGAAAGAGCUCUUCGGAUCCUGCUGACCGAAUUGCAGAGAGAAAAUGAUUCGAUAAAAAGGGAGUACCGUGUUAAAUUGGAGAAGUUAGAGAUAGAGUUUAAAGGUGAAAUGAAAUAUCGUGAUAUCGAAAAGGAACCUGAUACGGAUAAAACCGAGGGAUUAAACGAGGAACGAGUGUUAAUGCCUGGAGACGAUCCGAUGCUGGAUAUGACGCGACAACUGAUCUCGAAUCGUCGGAAAAUCGAACAUCUUCAACGACAAAAUGAACGCCUGUCGAAGACGUUGAAUCGUUUGAGAGAGUAUCGUUUAACGACGACGACGACGACAACGACGACGACAACGACGACAAUGACGAUGACGAUGACGAAGACAACGAACGCGAAAAGUCUUCUCAAAUUAUCUCCUGGAUCUCUCUUCAACGUUCAAGGAUUUACAUAUUCCCCGUAAAAGAAAGAUCCUGAUAAAUUGUUCCAAGAUAUCAAAGGCACGCGAGAACGUAGCAAUGAGGCGCAAGUAAUUCAUUCAAAAGAAUCGGUUACUUCAAUAGCGUUGCUGUUCUAGUUCAUUUCUUUUCUUCUUUCUUUUUUAUUUAUUUUUUUCCCCCUUCUUUCUUCCUUACUCUAUUAUUUUUAAACUACGUUCGGAGACAAUAAUUAUUCCGUGAGAGAAAAGUGGAGAGAGAGAGAGAGAGAGAGAGAGAGAGAGAGAGAGAGAGAGUGAGAAAGAAAAAACGAAAGAAAGAAAAAAAGAUAGAAAAAUAGAAAGACAGAGAAACGAGAAAAAGGGAGAGGGAGAGAGAGAACGAACAUCAUUGGACCAUAAAAAAAGCAAGUAGAACGAGUAGGCCAAGCGCAAAUCUCGAUGUACCAAAAAGUUUUAAUCAUCUCGGGUAAUUACGAACUAUCAAGGUAGUCCUAACUUUUAUGCUCGUUCCUUCCUCUCUCUCUCUCUCUCUCUCUUUUUCGAUGAUGGUACUAAUAAAUUAUACCGUCAGACUUUGCUCGUAAUACGAAGUUCUUCGAAGCACGUUCGACUUCCGGCAUCUGGCUCGUCCUUUAGUUGCCAUAGUCCGAUCGAGAUCAAACUGGAACAUUGAUUUCACGGCUCGAGAAUGCUCUAAACCGUGGCAAACUUCUCUUCUCUCUGAAUUUAAAUUUUCAGCGCUUUUCUCGUUUCAUCUUCUCACAUUUACGUAUCUUCAUAUAUGUAUUAAUUCAUAAGUACCUACCUGGUAUAUAACGUAUGUAUUUACGUAUGUAUUUAUGUACUUAUACAUCAACUACUCGUUCCGAUUGAGUUCGAGAAAUUCGCCUAAAUAAACCAUAGUCCAACCUUGGAUGGUA